CUCCCAAAAAACCUCCAACCCAACCCCCAUCUGACCCUGUGGUGAAAAAUAAAACAGAAACCUCAGUGACGCUAGCAUGGUCCCCUCCGAAGAUGGACCGCCCCAUUCCCAUUGACGGCUACAUCCUGGAACGCAAGAAACUAACUGGCUUUACCUGGGUGAGGUGCCACGAGUCUCACGUCCCUGUUGCAGAGUUCACGGUGACCAACCUGUCAGAAGAGGCUGACUAUCAGUUCAGAGUGUCUGCGGUCAACGCCUACGGACAGAGCCCCUACCUGGAGUUCCCAGGGAGUGUGCACCUUGAACCAGUCCCAGCUGUGAAAACCCCCCUGACAACUGUUGAAGCUGUACCUGGAGGAGAUGCUGUAUUUACUCUUGACCUUACAACGACGUGUUCUGGCACUUGGUACCUCAACGGGAAAGUCUUACAGGAAAGUGAGACCAUCAUCAUUAAGAGAACCCAAACUACUCACACCCUAAUCAUAAAGAACGUCACCAAGAAUGACGAUGGAGCAGAAGUGAAAUUUGUUGCCAAUAAUGUUGACACCAGCACCAAGAUGAGAGUGAAAGGUGCUGCAGUGAGAUUUACCAACAAGAGCAGAGAUAUAACAAAGGUCUCUGCUCGGCUGCGGGAGGAAGCCAAACUUCAGGCUGAGCUUUCGGACACAGAGGCUACUGUGAAAUGGAUGAAGGAUGGGAAAGAGCUCCAGGCCAGUGAAAAAUAUGAACUUCAAACCUUGGGGAAGAGGCAUAUUCUGAAAAUUCGCAGCACUGCAGCAGAGGAUGCUGGAAUUUAUGAGUGUGUCUGUGAAGGGGAUAAAAUGGUCUAUCAGCUUUCAGUGAAAGCACUUGCAAACUUCAUAAACAAAGAGAAAACUGGAGGAGUUAUCAGGGCCGUCUCUGGAAAACAGGCUGAAUUAGUUUCUGAGACCUCUGAGGCCAACGUCAUGGUUAAGUGGUACAAAGAUGGCAAAGAAAUCACAGCCAGCAAGAAAUUCACCAUGGAAGAUAAAGGAAAACUGCAUAAACUUGUGGCUUCAGCUGUGACAAAAGAAGAUGAAGGAAUAUACACAUGCAAAAUUGGAGAUGACACUCUUCUGUUUGAUUUAAAAGUCUCAGAUGAAGCUGUUAAUUUUGUCAAUAAGCCCAAAACAACUCCUGAAAUAUCAGUCGGUCCUUCUGAAACCCUUGAGCUGGAGUGCGAGGUGUCAGCCGCGAGCGGAGCUGUGGUCUGGAAGAAGGAUCAAACCGAGGUAAAGCAGGACCAGAGGACAAGCGUCAUCUCCCAGGGGACACACCGCAAGCUCAUCAUCAAAAAGGUGACACAGCAAGACCAAGGGAGCUACACCUGUGAAACGAAGGAUGACAGAACCACAUUCCAAGUCAAAGUCAGAGAGACAGAAGCUGUGUUUACAAACAAGGACAAGGUCCAGAAGGAGGUGAAAGCUGCACUAUCAGAAAACGCCACGCUGAGCUGCGAGGUGGCCCAGGAGAAGACGGAUGUGAAAUGGUACAAGGAGGGGAAGCUGCUCACCUCCAGCAAGAAGUUCAAGGUGGAGUCGGAGGGCAAAUCGCGUCGGCUGGUGGUGGGUCAGGUGGAGAAGAAAGAUGCUGGGGAGUACACCUGCGAGGCUGCUGGCCAGAAACUGACCUUCAGGAUUGUCGUCACAGAAGCAGAAGAUGCUUUCAUCAACAGAGACAAAGUGAAGAAGGAGGUGAAAGCUGCACUAUCAGAAAGCGCCACGCUGAGCUGCGAGGUGGCCCAGGAGAAGACGGAUGUGAAAUGGUACAAGGAGGGGAAGCUGCUCACCUCCAGCAAGAAGUUCAAGGUGGAGUCGGAGGGCAAAUCGCGUCGGCUGGUGGUGGGUCAGGUGGAGAAGAAAGAUGCUGGGGAGUACACCUGCGAGGCUGCUGGCCAGAAACUGACCUUCAGGAUUGUCGUCACAGAAGCAGAAGAUGCUUUCAUCAACAGAGACAAAGUGAAGAAGGAGGUGAAAGCUGCACUAUCAGAAAGCGCCACGCUGAGCUGCGAGGUGGCCCAGGAGAAGACGGAUGUGAAAUGGUACAAGGAGGGGAAGCUGCUCACCUCCAGCAAGAAGUUCAAGGUGGAGUCGGAGGGCAAAUCGCGUCGGCUGGUGGUGGGUCAGGUGGAGAAGAAAGAUGCUGGGGAGUACACCUGCGAGGCUGCUGGCCAGAAACUGACCUUCAGGAUUGAUGUCACAGAAGCAGAGGAUGCAUUUAUCAACAAAGACAAAGUGAAGAAGGAGGUGAAAGCUGCACUAUCAGAAAGCGCCACGCUGAGCUGCGAGGUGGCCCAGGAGAAGACGGAUGUGAAAUGGUACAAGGAGGGGAAGCUGCUCACCUCCAGCAAGAAGUUCAAGGUGGAGUCGGAGGGCAAAUCGCGUCGGCUGGUGGUGGGUCAGGUGGAGAAGAAAGAUGCUGGGGAGUACACCUGCGAGGCUGCUGGCCAGAAACUGACCUUCAGGAUUGACCUGACAGAAGCAGAAGAUGCAUUCAUCAACAAAGACAAAGUGAAGAAGGAGGUGAAAGCUGCACUAUCAGAAAACGCCACGCUGAGCUGCGAGGUGGCCCAGGAGAAGACGGAUGUGAAAUGGUACAAGGAGGGGAAGCUGCUCACCUCCAGCAAGAAGUUCAAGGUGGAGUCGGAGGGCAAAUCGCGUCAGCUGGUGGUGGGUCAGGUGGAGAAGAAAGAUGCUGGGGAGUACACCUGCGAGGCUGCUGGCCAGAAACUGACCUUCAAGCUUGAUGUCACAGAAGCAGAAGAUGCAUUCAUCAACAAAGACAAAGUGAAGAAGGAGGUGAAAGCUGCACUAUCAGAAAACGCCACGCUGAGCUGCGAGGUGGCCCAGGAGAAGACGGAUGUGAAAUGGUACAAGGAGGGGAAGCUGCUCACCUCCAGCAAGAAGUUCAAGGUGGAGUCGGAGGGCAAAUCGCGUCGGCUGGUGGUGGGUCAGGUGGAGAAGAAAGAUGCUGGGGAGUACACCUGCGAGGCUGCUGGCCAGAAACUGACCUUCAGGAUUGUCGUCACGGAAGCAGAAGAUGCUUUCACCAACAAAGACAAAGUGAAGAAGGAGGUGAAAGCUGCACUAUCAGAAAGCGCCACGCUGAGCUGCGAGGUGGCCCAGGAGAAGACGGAUGUGAAAUGGUACAAGGAGGGGAAGCUGCUCACCUCCAGCAAGAAGUUCAAGGUGGAGUCGGAGGGCAAAUCGCGUCGGCUGGUGGUGGGUCAGGUGGAGAAGAAAGAUGCUGGGGAGUACACCUGCGAGGCUGCUGGCCAGAAACUGACCUUCAAGCUUGAUGUCACAGAGCCAGAAGUUGUGUUUACAAACAAGGACAAGGUCCAGAAGGAGGUGAAAGCUGCACUAUCAGAAAGCGCCACGCUGAGCUGCGAGGUGGCCCAGGAGAAGACGGAUGUGAAAUGGUACAAGGAGGGGAAGCUGCUCACCUCCAGCAAGAAGUUCAAGGUGGAGUCGGAGGGCAAAUCGCGUCGGCUGGUGGUGGGUCAGGUGGAGAAGAAAGAUGCUGGGGAGUACACCUGCGAGGCUGCUGGCCAGAAACUGACCUUCAAGCUUGAUGUCACGGAGCCAAAACCUGCGUUUAUAAACCAGGAAAAAGUCCAGAAGGAGGUGAAAGCUGCCCUGACAGAAAGUGCCACCUUCAGCUGCGAGGUAGCACAGGAUGCAACCGAAGUGAAAUGGUACAAGGAUGGAAGACUGCUCGCUUCCUCCAGAAAAUUCAAAAUAGAAACUGUGGGCAAAACCCGGCGCCUGGUUGUAGAGCAGCUGGAGAAGAAAGACGCUGGAGAAUACAUCUGUGAGGCUGCAGGCCAGAAGAUGACCUUCAAGUUGGAAGCAACUGAACCAGAGGCUAAAUUUGAAAAGAAAGUUGUCCAGAAAGAGCCCCUCAUUGUUCAAGAACAUGAAAGCAUCACACUGACUACUUCAGUAAUGCCUGAAACUGCUCCAGUAAAGUGGUUCAAGGAUGGAACAGAAAUUAAGGCAAGCAAGAAACAUGAGAUCAAGAGUGAGGGGGCAUCCAGGACCCUGAUGGUGAACCUGGCUGAGAGCUCAGACACUGCCGUCUACACUUGCCAGACAAAGGGCGACAAGCAGGAAUUCAAAGUACAAGUGAAAGAAAUCCCCGUAAAGUUUGCCAAAAAACUUGAAGCUGUCAAUGCUGAGAUCGGAGGCAGCGUCUCCUUGACCUGUGACGUGAGCCAUGCCAAGGGGAAGGUGGUGUGGCGCAGGAACGGGGUUCAGAUCAAGCCCAGCAAGCGUUUCCAGAUUCACGAGGAAGGGGUCAAGCGAACACUGACAAUAACAGGGAUCCGGGCUGAGGACGAGGGAGAAUACUCCUGUGAGUCCAGAGAUGACAAGAGCAGCAUCACCGUCACCCCCAAAGCUCCCAGAGUGGUGAAAUUCGUUACGGGUCUCAACAGCGUGGUCUCUGAGGAAGGAAAAGAGGCUGUGUUCAAGUGCACCGUCUCUCCCAGUGACGCUGUGGUCACUUGGCUCAGGAAUGGUGUCAAGAUUGAAGCCAGCAAGAAGUAUGUGAUCUCGCAGAAGGACACCAACCACAGCCUCACCAUCACUGACCUGGUGCUGGAAGACGCAGGUGAAAUCUCUGCCAAUGCUGAGGGUGUCGAAAGCACAGCCAACCUCAGAGUCAGAGAGGCCUCAAUCUCAUUCAAGAAGAAACUGGAGCCCAGAACAGUUGAAGAGAGGGACACAGUGACCUUGGAGGUAGAGCUGACCAAACCUGCAGAAGUGAAGUGGAUGAGGAAUAGCAUCGUAUUGAAGCCCAGCGAAAAAAUAGAGAUCAAAGCUGAGGGGACAAAGCAUACCUUGGUAGUUAAGGACAUCUCCUUUGCAGACAGGGGCUUCUACUGCUGCGAGAGUCCUGACGACAAAACCCAAGCCAAGAUCAAUGUGGAAAUGAGGCAGAUCAAGCUGGUGAAAGGUCUGCAGCCCAUCGAAGUCUCUGAGAAAGGGACCGUCACCUUCGAGGUGGAGGUGUCACACGAGGACGUGGAAGGGACCUGGCAGAAGGAUGGCGUUCGGCUGAAGCCUUCAGCAAACAUUAGCAUCGGUGUCCUGGGGAAGAAACAUUCCCUGACUCUUUCUUCGGUGACUCUUGAAGACGCGGGACUCUUCUCCUUCAAAGCUGAUGGCAUCCAUUCGUCAGGGAGGCUCACUGUGAAAGAAUUGCCUGUGAGAAUCAGCAAACCUUUGGCAGACAUCAGUGCAGCUCAGAAGGAGAAGGUCACAUUCGAGUGUGAGCUGUCCAGGCCCAACGUGGAUGUUAAGUGGUUCAAGGAUGGGAAAGAGCUCCGGCAAAGUAAAAAAGUGGGGAUUAUUUCCCAGGGAAAUAAGAGAAGUCUCCUUAUUCACAAGUGUGAAUAUGAAGACCAGGGAACCUACGCGUGUGAAGCAGCUGGAGACAAGACAUCUGCUACCCUCAAGGUUCAUGCCCGAGAUAUCAAGAUUGUUAAACCACUGGAAGAUGUGGAAGUGAACGAAUAUGAGAGCGCAUCUUUCACCUGUGAGAUUUCUCACGAUGAGGUCCAAACCCAAUGGUACAAGAACGACAACAAGCUGAAGGCUACCGACAAUAUUAGGAUGCGUCAAGACGGAAAGACCUAUUCACUGACUUACAUGCGCGUCCAAGUCGAAGAUGCAGCAGAGAUCAAAUUUGUAGCAGAAAAAGCAGAAUCUCGUGCCCAGCUUACUGUAAAAGAGCUGCCUGUAAAAAUCGUGAAGCCUUUGCGAGAUAAGAUCGCUCUUGAAAAACAUCGGGGAUUCCUGGAGUGCCAGGUGUCUCGUGCCAAUGCCAAAGUCAAGUGGUAUAAAAAGGACGUUGAAAUUCACCCCAGUGAUAAAUACGAAAUUGUGAGCGAGGGCGUCUAUCGGAAACUCAUCAUCAAUGAUGCAGAUUAUGAAGAUGAGGACACGUACACUUGUGAUGCCUUUGACGACAAAAGCAGCGCUAAUUUCUUUGUUGAAGAGCAAUCCAUUAGCAUUGUAAAAGAGUUGUGUGACGAGGAUGUGACAGAGCCUGAAGAAGCCAAGUUUGAAUGCGAGAUAUCCAUUCCAUCCGUGAAACCCCCCAAGUGGUCUCUACGUGGAGAAGUCCUACAGGCUGGUGGAAACAUUCUCGUGCAGCAAGAAGGCACCGUCCACCGGCUGAUACUGCUGAAAACCAGCGCUGAUAUGACAGGCACCGUUCAGUUCUCCAUCGGCAAAUCAAAAUCCACAGCAAACCUGCUUGUCAGAGAUUAUCACAUACAGAUCACCAGGAAGAUGGAGGACAAGACAGCUCUGGAGCGCCAUUCAGUCAUCCUGUCCUGUGACUUCAGGCCUUCUCCCAAGGUUGUGAAGUGGUUUAAGGGCCACACGCCCAUUGAACCUUCCGAGAAGUACAAAAUCAAGCGGGAGCAGCAUUCGGCAGAGCUCAAGAUUUUGAAGGUGAAGCCCGAAGACGCUGGUGUGUACAAGUGCAAGGCUGGAAACGCAGAGACCGAAGCCACGCUGACCGUUGAAGCCCGCAAUGUAGAAGUACUCAAACACCUGCAGGACGUGGAAGUUGAAGAAGAGAGUUCUGCUGUCUUCUCCUGCGAGCUGUCCCACGACGAUGAGGAUGUGGAAUGGUUCCUCAAUGGCACCCUCCUUUACACCAACAAUUUCAAUGACAUCAAGAAUGUUGGCAAUUGCUACACGCUGACGAUGAAGCACGUCAAGCCUGAGGAUGCUGGCACAGUGACCAUGAAGUCAGACAAGGUGUCCGAGACCGUGUGCCUGAAGGUGAUAGAGAAGCCUGUUGUCUUCAUGAAGUCCUUGGACGAUGUUUUUGGUGAGGAGCGAGGUGUGAUUAAACUGGAAUGUGAAGUCUCCAAAGAGAAGGUCAAACCUGUUUGGAAAAAGGAUGGUGUCAAGCUUACUUCUGGUAACAAGUAUGAGCAGAUACAGUCUGGGAAGACCCUCUGCCUCCUUAUCCAUGACCUCGAAAAGACAGAUGCAGGUUUAUACACGUGUGAUAUCGGUACUGAUGUUGCCAAGUCAAAGGUCAGCGUUCAAGAACUAAACAUUGGCAUCACCAAACGACUGAAGAACACUGAAAUCCAGGAGGGAGAAGAGUGCACCUUUGAGUGUAUUUUGUCCCAUGAAAGUGUUGGCGACUUCAACUGGACGCUGAAGGGGAGCAAAGUGGAAAGUGGGGGGCGAUUUAAAGCCUCUAAUGUUGGUCGGAAAUAUACACUCAGUAUCAAAAAUGUGACUCCUGAUGAUGCUGGGGAAGUCAUUUUCACUGCCCGUGGUCUAACCUCCAAGGCUUCUCUGGUUGUGAAAGAAAAACCUACCGAGAUUACCAAACAGCUGGAGGAUAAAACAUCAGCAGCAGGGCAGGACAUCAGCCUGAGCUGUGAAUUCUCAAAACCUGAUGUGAGUGUCAGGUGGUACAAGGAUGGCAAAGCAAUUCGAAAAAGCCAGAAAUAUGACUUACACCAAGAGGGAACACGGGCCAUUCUGACCAUCCAUGACUCCACGGUCAAGGACAGCGGGGAGUACACCUGUGAGACGGAGGUCUCUAAAACGAAAGCCAGGAUCACAGUGCAAGAAAAACCUAAUUAUUUUGUCAAGGAACUUUCAGAUCUGAAAGCUGAUGAAAGUGGAACAGCAGUUUUUACUUGCCAGAGUGAGAAAGCUGCAUCCUCUGUGGUCUGGAGGAAAGGCAUAGCUGAACUCAGGGCUGGCAGGAAAUACGAGUUCACGCAGGAAGGAAAAGUCCUCCAGCUGACCAUAAAAAACUUGGAGAAAAGUGACAGUGACACUUAUACCUGCGACAUCGGUGAUGCCCAGUCCAGAGCCAAGCUGGUCGUGCAAGGCCAGAAAGUGCUAAUAACAGAAGACUUGGAAGAUGUCACUGUGUUAGAAGGAGAAUCUGCCAUGUUCAAAUGCAGAAUCUCUCCUGUAGACUAUAGCAAGGUGCAGUGGUUUUUGGAUAAAACCCCACUCCAUACGAAUGAACUUAAUGACAUCCAGUCUCAGCCUGGUGGAUAUCACCUGCUAACAUUGAAAAAACUCUCACUGAAGGACUCGGGGGUCAUUACAUUUGAAGCUGGUGAUAAGAAAACAUCUGCCAGUUUGGUUGUUAAAGAGAAGCCCUGCAUCUUCACAAAGGAGCUGGCUGGUACUGAAGUCACUGAGGGAGAGGAUGUGAUCCUUCACUGUGAAACCUCCAAAUCAGACAGCCCUGUAAAGUGGUACAAAGAUGGGAAGAGCCUUAGGAAUUCUUCCAAGUAUAACAUCAGCCGGUCGGGAUUUGAAGCCAAGCUUGUCAUUCACAGGGCAGAAGAAAGAGACAGUGGCAGAUAUGAGUGUGAGGCUGGAGCAGCUAAAAGUAGUGCGGUUGUUACUGUCAAGGCCGUCUCCGCGCUCAUCAAAGAAGAGCUGAAGAGUGUGGAGGCUGUGGAAGGUGGGAGCACCACCCUGCGAUGCCAGCUGAGCAGAGAGGCUCCCGUGGAGUGGAGGAAGGGAAAUACUCUCCUCCGGCCCAGUAACAAGUACAGGAUGAGGCAGGAGGGCACGGUGGCUGAGCUGCUGAUCCACGAUCUGGAGCCAAAGGAUACUGGAGACUAUACAUGUGUAGUGGGGAAUGAAAAAACCACAGCAGCCUUAUCAGUGAAUGCCCUGCCAAUCCGUUUCAAAAAAGAGCUGAAGAACGAGGAAGGUACUGAGAGCGGGACGGCCACGCUGCAGUGCGAGCUGAGCCAGGCGGCCAGCUCGGUGGAGUGGAGGAAGGACGGGAAGGUGCUGAUGCCAAGCGGCAAAUACAAAAUGAGACGGGAAGGGCGCUUUGUUGAGCUGGUUAUCCAAGACCUAGACUUGACGGAUGCUGGGAGCUAUACCUGCGUGUGCGGAGACCAGAAGACAACAGCUGCUUUGAAAGUGAAUGCCUUGCCCAUCCUCUUCCAAGAAGAAAUGUUGAAUAAGGAAGCUACAGAAGGGGAGGCAGUCACUUUGCACUGCAAACUGAGCAAAGCAGCCCCAGUGGAGUGGAGAAAGGGGAAUACAAUCCUCAAGCCAAGUGAAAAAUACAAAAUAGAGCAGGAAGGUCCCUUUGCGGAGCUGGUGAUCCGGGAUUUGGAUUUGGCUGACGCUGGAUAUUACAGCUGUGUGUGUGGAGAUCAACAGACUACGGCUGCUUUGACAGUAAAUGUCCUGCCUGCUCUUUUCACCAAAGAACUGACAGAUGAAGAAGCCACAGAAGGGAAAAGUGUCUCUCUGCGCUGCGAGCUGAACAAGGCUGCUGCUAACGUGGAGUGGAAGAAGGGCUUCAAGACCCUCAGAUCGAGUGACAAGUAUAAAAUGAAACGCGAAGGCAUCAUUGCUGAGCUUAUAAUCCAAAAUCUAGAUGUGACGGAUGCUGGGAAUUAUUCCUGUGUGUGUGGAGACCAGAAGACUAUGGCGGUUUUAACAAUACAUGCUUUGCCUGCAUUUUUCAAAGAAGGGUUGAAGAACAGAGAAGCCACAGAUGGUGGCACAGCCACCCUACACUGCGAGCUGAGCAAGGUCGGUGUCCCUGUGGAGUGGAAAAAAGGCGACAAGACGCUCAAACCCAGCGAUAAGUAUAGGAUGAGACAAGAAGAUACCGCUGCAGAGCUGCUGAUCCGAGAUCUGGAGGUAGAGGACACAGGAGAAUACACCUGUGUGUGUGGAGAUCAGAAGACCUCGGCUGUCUUGACAGUCCAUGCUUUGCCUGCACUGUUCAAAAAAGAGCUUGUCGAUACGGAAGCCACAGAAAACGGGACGGCUGUUCUGCAGUGCGAGCUAACGAAACCCACUCCGGUGGAGUGGAGGAAAGGGCAAAAGAUGCUCAAGCCUAGUGAGAAGUACAAAAUGAGACUAAAGGAUGCCAUUGCUGAGCUGACGAUCCAUAGCCUGGAGGAACAAGAUGCCGGAGAGUACACGUGCGUGUGCGGAGACAAGACGACCACGGCAUCCCUGACAGUGCAUGCCUUGCCUGCACACUUCAAGAAAGAGCUGAAGAAUGAAGAAGCCACAGAAGGUGGAACGGCCACGCUACAGUGUGAGCUAUCUCGGGCUGCCUCCGUGGAGUGGAAAAAGAAACACAAAGUGCUCAAGCCAAGUGAAAAAUACACUAUGAGGCAGGAAGGUACUACAGCACAACUGCUGAUCCACACUUUAGAGGUCAAGGACGCUGGGGAGUACACCUGUGUGUGUGGAGAUGAGAAGACUACUGCAGCACUGACAGUGCAUGCCCUUCCUGCUCUCUUCAAAGAAGAGUUAAGAAAUGAGGAAGCCACGGAGGGUGAAGCAGUCACUCUGCGCUGCGAGUUGACCAAGGCUGCUUCAGUGGAAUGGAAGAAAGGACACACAGUGCUCAAACCUAGUGAGAAAUACAAAAUGAGGCAGAAGGAUGUCACUGCAGAACUGGUGAUCCAUAACCUAAACGAGAGUGAUGCUGGUGACUAUACCUGUGUGUGUGGGGAGAAGCAGUCCACGGCUUCCUUAGCAGUACAUGCGCUGCCUGCACACAUCAAGGAAAGCCUGAAGGACGAGGAGGUGACAGAAGGUCGAGCCGCCACUCUGCGCUGUGAGCUGACCAAGGUCGCUCCAGUGGAGUGGAGGAAGGGAAGCAGUUUGCUCAAAGCCAGUGACAAAUACAAAAUGAAACAGGAGGGCACGGUCAUGAAGCUCCUCAUCCAUGACGUAGAAUUGAAAGAUGCUGGAGAAUACACUUGUGUGUGUGGAGAACAGGAGACAACAGCUGCCUUGAUAGUGCAUGCCCUGCCUGUACUUUUCAAAGAAGAACUGAAGGACCUGCAAGCCACGGAAAGGCAAACAGCCACCCUGCGCUGUGUGCUGACCAAGGCUGUGGCUGUGGCGUGGAAAAAAGGAAACAAAAUACUCAGGGCAAGUGACAAAUACAUCAUGCAUCAGGACAAUGCCCUUGCUGAGCUGGAAAUUCGUGAGCUGGAGCUGGAGGAUGCGGGAGAUUACACCUGUGUGUGUGGAGACCAACACACCACGGCUUCUGUAACAGUGAAUGCCCUUCCAGUGCUUUUCAAGGAAGAACUGGAGAAUGAAGAAGUCCAAGAAGGAGCUUCAGUCUCUCUGCAUUGUGAAUUAACCAAAGCAGCUCCAGUGCAGUGGAAAACAGGGUCCAAAGUGCUCAAAGCAAGUGACAAAUAUGAAAUGAGACAGCCUGGCACCACUGCAGAGCUGGUUGUUCAUGACCUAGAAGUAAAUGAUGCUGGAGAUUACACCUGUGUGUGUGGUGACCAGGAGACAACAGCAACCUUAACAGUUCAUGCUCUGCCACCGCUCUUUAAGGAAGAGCUAAAGGACAAGGAAGCAGAAGAAGGUGGCGAAGUCGCCCUGCGCUGUGAGCUCACCAAGGCUGCUCCGGUGGAGUGGAGGAAGGACCAGAGGAUUCUCAAAGCGAGUGAGAAACACAAAAUGAGGCAGGAAGGGACCAAGGCAGAGCUGGUGAUUCAUGAACUAGCUGAGGAGGAUGCAGGAGACUACACCUGUGUGUGUGGAGAGCACCAGACUACAGCUGUCUUGACAGUACAGGCUGUGCCUCCAUUUUUCCAAGAAGAAAUGACCAGCAAGGAAGGAGUAGAAGGUGGAACGGCCACUUUGCGCUGUGAGCUCAGCAAGGCACCUGCCCCCGUUCAGUGGAAGAAGGGCCAUCACAUCCUCACCAUGGACAACAAGUACAGCAUGAGACAGGACGGCUGUGCUGUGGAGCUGGUAGUUCAUGAUUUAGACUUGAAUGAUGAUGGAGAUUACACCUGUGUGUGUGGAGACAAGACCACCACAGCGACCUUAACAGUGCAUGCACUUCCUCCAGAGUUCAGAAAAGACCUGAAGGACCUGGAAGCUGCAGAAGGUGGGACAGCUGCUCUGCACUGCGAGCUGACCAAACCUGCUGCGGUGGAGUGGAAGAAAGGGCAGGAGAUGCUCAAAGCAAGCAGCAAGUAUAAAAUGAGUCAAGAUGGUGCUGUUGCAAAACUAAUUAUCCACGAGCUGGAUGUGGAGGAUGCUGGAGAUUACACCUGUGUGUGUGGAGAACAGCAAACAACUGCCACUUUGACAGUCAAUGCACUGCCUGUCGUAUUUAAGCAACCCCUACAAAACAAGGAAUCAGAGGAAGGAAGUACAGCAACAUUCUGCUGUGAGCUGUCGAAACCCAAUGCUGCAGUGGAAUGGAGGAAAGGAGGAGUGGGGCUGCAGCCCAGCCAGAAAUAUGAAAUGAGGCAGAGGGAAUGCCUGGUAGAGCUCUUAAUACAUAAUCUCAAAUUAGAAGAUACAGGAGAAUACAGCUGUGAUACUGGGGAUCAGGAAACCAAGGCAUCUUUAAAUGUGAAAGCUCUGCCAGCUCUUUUCAAAAAGGAGCUCAAAGACAAGGAGGCAGAAGAAGGAGCUGCGGUGAAAUUCCAGUGUGAGCUGACGAAGGAUAAUGCAACAGUGGAAUGGAGGAAAGGCACCAUGGAGCUCUUCCCAUGCGCCAAAUACGAAAUUAAAUUAAGUGGUCGCACCGCUGAACUUGUGAUUCAUAAUGUAGAACCAGAAGAUGCCUCUGAUUACACGUGUGAUACAGGAGACCAGCAGAGCACGGCGGUCCUCAGAGUGAAUGCCAUCAAACCCCGGCUGAAGCAGCAGCUGAAGAAUGAAGAAGUGGAGGUGGGAGGAACGGCCAGGCUGCGCUGUGAGCUUUCCAUUAGCAAAGCAGAAGUGGAGUGGAGGAAAGAUGGAGUCAUCCUUCACUCAAGCUCCAAGUAUGAAAUGUGGCAGGACGGCACCCUCCGUGAGCUGCGUGUUCAUCGCCUGGAGCCUAGUGAUGCCGGAGAGUAUUCCUGCAAGGCUGGAGAUGAGACGAGCUCUGCAAGACUGACCGUGAAAGAGCCUGACGUGACCAUCGUGAGUGGCCUGAAGGACAUGGUGGUGUUUGAAGGGGACGAUGUCACUUUUCGGUGCCAGGUUUCUCACGAAAAUGCAAGGGACGUUGAAUGGAAGCUACAAGAUGUUGCUCUGCAAAAUAAUGAAAUGAAUGAGAUCUCAGUGGAAAAAGGAAAGAUUCACACCUUGACAUUGAGGAAGGUGACUGAGCAGGACAUUGGCACCAUCACUUUCCGAGUGGGACCCUACACGUCGACGGCAGAGCUCACAGUAAAAGAACCAGAAGCAACCAUAGUGGAGACGCUGAAGGACGUCACUUCGUAUGAAGGAGAAGACGCAGUGUUUGAAUGCAGACUGUCCCGGCAAACCACUCAGGAUGCCCAGUGGUUCCUGGGGGAUGUUCCCCUGCAAUCCAACGAAAUGAAUGAGAUCAAAGUCCAAGGGACGCGUCACACUUUGAUCCUGAGGAAGGUGACACUAGAAGACUGCGGGCCCAUCAGUUUCAAAGUCGGGCAGCAUACCUCAGCAGCACAGCUAACGGUCCAAGCCAAGAACAGCAUUGUCCAGGGCUUGGAGAACGUGGAAGCUGUGGAAGGAGGAGAAGCCCUGUUUGAAUGCUAUCUUUCCAAGCCCGAGUGCUACAAUUACAACUGGCUGAUUGACGAUGAACCUGCCAAAACUACGGAAAACACGGAGAUGGUUUACUUUGAAAACGGGCGCAGGCAUCUUCUGCUGCUGAAGAACCUAACUCCCCGGGACAGUUGCAGGGUGACUUUUAUGUGCAGUGACGCGGUGACCUCAGCCUUCCUGACGGUGAAAGGAUGGCGCCUACAGAUCUUGCAGCCUCUCACAGAUGUGGAAGUCUCUGCAGGGGAGAAGGCGACAUUCAGCUGUGUGCUCAGUGAAGCCGUGCCAGUUCAUGAAGUCGCCUGGUACAGUAACGACGUAGAGAUCCAGCCGGAUGACGACUGGGAGGUACAAGCAGAUGGCAACAAAUACAAACUUAUUCUGAAAAAAACCCAACUGCAUCAUUCUGGAGAGGUGACGUUCGCUUCCAGGGAAGCAAUCACAUCAGCUAAAUUAUCUGUGAUUGCCCACCCUGAUCCACCUGAAGAACCAGAAGUUUUAUGUAAGAGCAGUCACUCUGUAACUCUGUCUUGGUACAAGCCGUUGAGCGACGGCGGCUGUGACCUCCUAGGCUACAACGUGGAGAGGAAAAUCCCAGGUGUUGGCUGGCAGUCAUGCAGCAAGAGCAUUAUUCAAAACACAGAGUUUACGGUGGAUGAUCUCACCCCGGGUGAACCCUACAGAUUCCGUGUUUCGGCUGUGAACAAAGUUGGGGCCAGCGAGCCGGUGCACUUCCCUCAGAUGGUGCGGCUAGAGCCUCCGGUGACAGUCACCCAUCCUCUGGUGGGAGGAUCAGUCUCAGAAGGGGAGGUGGCUCGCUUGGAGUGCAAAUUAUCAAGUGAACCUGAAGAGAGAGUGACAUGGUUCAAAGGAAAAGAACAAGUAAAAGCCGGAGGGAGAUACGAGAUCCUCUCUGAUGGAAAAAAGCAGAUACUCGUUAUACAUUCAUUUAAACCUGAAGAUCAAGACACAUACACCUGUGUGGUUUCUCCAGAAGUCAAAUCUGCUGCCAGCUUGUGUCUUGAAGUUCCCACAGUGACCAUGCUAAAAGAGAUCGCCAAGGAAGCACCCCCUGCAAGCCAACCAGAAGAGCUGGUGGAUGGCCAUGUCCAGCCCAGCUUGCCCCCUGAGGCUGCUCAGGAGGGAGAUCUUCACCUCCUCUGGGAAGCCCUAGCCAAGAAACGAAGGAUGAGCCGGGAGCCCACCUUGGAUUCCAUCAGCGAGGUGCCUGAGGAGGAUGAGAAGCUUCAGAAGUUGAGGAAGGAGGAAGCGGAGAUGUCUCACUAUUACUCGGAGGAGUACUCCACAUGUGAUGAGCUGGCUAGGACAGGAGAAGCAGAUUUAUCUUUCACAAGCUCAGAUGAUGAGUCUAGAGCUGGGACUCCUUCAUUGGUGCACUACCUCAAGAAAGCUGAGAAGAAAAGUGUCAGUGUCACCAGCAAGGUUCAGUCCAUCUCCACAGGCAAAUUAUGGAAGCAGUGGGAGACAUCCAGCGUGGAGACUGUGGUGGCUGCCCCAGCUGCUAAGCCAGCUGAACCAGAAAUACCAGAUGAUCCUUCUAUGAACAAGGCUGCUGUGAAAAUCCAGGCUGCUUUCAAAGGCUACAAAGUCAGGAAAGAGAUCAAGCAACAAGAGUGUCCGGUGUUUACUGAGACCUUCAAAGAUUUCUCUGGUGAACCUGGAAGCACUCUCCACCUCGAGUGCAUGGCCCACAGCAAAACUGACAUGAAAGUCCGUUGGCUGAAAGAUGGAGAAGAGCUUUCCGAUGGUCGCUAUUAUCACAUAGACAAUUACAGUGAUGGGACCUGCUCUUUGAUUAUCACUGGCCUGGAUAGGAAAGAUGCAGGUAAAUACACCUGUGAGGCAUCCAAUAAAUUUGGGAAGGUUUCCCACAGUGCUAAGGUGGUUAAACAAAGCACCGACAGCGAGACAGAGAGCUCGUCUGGGAGUGAGCUGGAUGAUGCUUUCCGGAAAGCAGGAAGGAGACUUCACAGACUCUUCAGGGCCAAGAUCUCAACAGAGAUAUCUGAUGUGGAGGAAGAGCUCUUUGUCAGCGCAGAUGAAGGGGACAUAGAGGUGGUCGACCAUCAGACGUAUCGUGAGGAUGAUCAGUACAUCUACAUCAAGUUUGAGAUCUUGUCCGAAGCAAAAACUGCCGCCACUCGAUUCAGAGAGAUGUUUGGUGCUCUGGGAAUUCCUGUGGAGAUUGACAUUUUGGAACAAGGCCCUAAAAAAAUCGAAUUGCGUAUUGGGAAAGCCACACCACCCAUCCAUGGGAAGUUUGCACCACCAGCCGUGAGACCUCCACCGCCUUUGCUGACUUCUGACACAGCUCCCGUGUUUCUGACUGAGCUCCAGAACCAAGAGGUACAGGAUGGAUACCCAGUCAGCUUUGACUGCAUCGUUGUUGGCAAACCACUCCCCACGGUUCGCUGGUUCAAGGAUGGGAAAGCUAUUGAAGAAAACGAUCAUUACAUGAUCAAUGAGGACCAAGAAGGAUGCCAUCAGCUGAUCAUCACGGCUGUGGUCCCCACUGACAUGGGAGUUUACCGUUGCCUGGCUGAAAACAACAUGGGAGUUGCUUCAACCAAGGCUGAGCUUCGAGUGGAUUUGACCAGCACCGACUAUGAGACAGCAGCCGAUGCAACAGAGACCUCCUCUUACUACAGUGCCAAAGAAUAUAUUUCAAGCCGAGAACAGGAGGAAUCUACCACUGAGGAGGAGCAAUUGCCCCAGAUUUUCGAUGAGCUUCAUGAUAUUCAUGUGGCACCUGGAGCAUCACUGGCGAAAUUUCACCUGAAGGUGAAAGGGUACCCGCAGCCUCGUCUCUAUUGGUUCAAAAACGGACAGCCGUUAAAGGCCUCGGAUCGCAUCCUCAAGACUGAUAAACAGGAAUUCCACUCGCUGGAAAUUCGUGACGUCACUAAGGCAGAUGCUGGCCAGUACUCAAUAUUUGUCAUCAACUCUGCUGGUUCUGCGUUUUCAUCAGCCAGGCUGGUAGUCAAAGAUCCUGAUGAGAAAGAGGAGCCAUCAGAAACAGAUUCCCACGAGCAGCUGAUACCACCAAGGUUCCUAGAAAGAUUUACUAAUAAAAAGGUGAAAAAAGGUGCAAGCAUCACGUUAUCUGUAAAAGUUGAAGGACAUCCACCACCAACUAUUACUUGGCUGAAAGAAGAGUCUCGGGAAGACAUCCUGUGGAUCAAACCAGACACUCCUGGGUAUAAACUUGCCAGUUCAAAUAUGCAUCACAGUCUCAUCCUGUUGGAUGUUAAAAAGAAAUACAGUGGAGCUUACACGUGCAUUGCUACCAACAAGGCUGGCCAGUCCAUCUGCACCGCCACCCUGGAAGUUGCCGAUGUGAAAGAGGCUGAAGUUCUGACCCAGGAGCGCGUGAUGGUGUCAGAAGCCAUCAUGACCACACUGGGAUCUAUUCAUCCCUCUGAAGCAAGAGAAGGAGACCUUGAAGCUGGUAGAGAAGGUGUACCCAAAAGCCCUAUUUCAUUAGCUGAUGUUGGCUCAGAAGAGUUCUUCCAGAAACUCACCUCCCAUAUCUCAGAAAUGGUAUCUGCAAAAAUAAGUCAGGCUACACUUCGAGUGCCAGGUGCAGAAAGUGAUGAUGAAUCAAAAACUCCCUCGGCAUCUCCUCGCCAUGGACGAUCCAGACCUUCCUCCAUUGCUCAGGAGUCCUCCUCUGAAUCUGAAGAUGGGGAUUCCAGAGGAGAGAUCUUUGACGUCUACAUGGUCACAGCUGACUAUGUGCCCGCUGCACCUGACAAGGAGACCAUCACUUUGAAGGAAGGCCAAUACGUGGAAGUCCUUGAUUCAGCUCAUCCUCUGAAGUGGCUGGUCAGGACUAAACCCACAAAAUCCAGCCCUUCUCGACAGGGUUGGGUAUCUCCAGCUUAUCUGGACAAGAAAUUAAAGUUGUCACCAGAGUGGGGAACAAUAGAAGCUCCUGAGUUUCCUGGAGAGUUUGUUUCUGAAGAUGAAUACAAAAGGAAGCUCAGUGUUCUUAUUCAAGAGCUGUUGAUCUCUGAAGAAGAUUACAUUCAAGAUCUCCAGUUCCUCCAGACUCACCACCUUAAGUACACUGAGACCUGUGCCAAUGUCCCAGGAGCUGUUGCCACUCAGAAAUCCAUUAUCUUCAGAAAUAUUUAUGACAUUGCUCGAUUCCAUUCCAG